AUCUCUCCAAUCAAAGCGCGAGAACCUUUCGUCGUGAACGGACGUGUAUUCCAUUGUUGCGGCUAAAUAACGCGAACGAAAGAAUAAUAGCAACAAACUUGUUUGAUCUGAAGCAGAAUUAGUGUUCGCAUAAAGUCCAAAAGGAUUUGGAGUGUGUGUGGUGCCAGGAGUGAAUAGAAUCUAGUGCACUAAUAAUCCACGUGCACUGCGAGAAUGCAGCGCUGUUGAGCUGGGUUAGACGGAGGCGAUAAGCAGAGCUCGGAAAGCCAACGAAAGUCAAGAACAAAACACGCCGACGAUUGACAAGCGAACGAACGUGCAGAGCAACAACAGCAGAAGAAGAGGCAGAGAGCACGCUCAGAUGGCGCUGCAGAGCCGGCUCGGAGCCGGACGCGGUGGCCGGGUAAUGAGCUAUACGAACUACGCCCUGCUGAUGGCCACAGUGCUGCUGGUGUUAAUCUCAGCGCAUGUCAAAAGCGCCAAGCUGCAUGAGGAGCCGCAGUUGAGUAACGUUGCCAUUGACAAGGCUGAGCGUAACAACAACGAUGACAGCAACAAUAGCAACAACAACAACAACAACGAGUUCGUCAAAGAGCACGUGAAAGAUGCAGCUGUCACUCAUCCUUAUCAUCAGCAUGUCCACGGGCAGCACAAGCCUCACUUGCACCAUAUGUCACAGCUGAGCAAUCGUCGCGCCUAUCACAGCAAAUAUAGCAUCGAGCAGCUGCUGCACAUGCAUGUGACACCGAAGGUGUCCAACGAUAUCGAUAUGGACCCUUGCAAGGCGGGCGGCUUCAUGGGAGAUAUUGCGCUGCCCGAUGGCGGCCCUCUGGUGGCUCACACACCAAUCGACGACGAGGAGCUGGAAAUGGAGUCGGUGGAACGGCUUUUGUCGAAUGGGCCGGCUGAGCACAUGUCAGCGGAUGCGCCGGAGCCCACCAAAUACAAUGCGACCUUUCAACUGGACCUAGAAAAACUGAAGCAGGAAGUCUACAACGAGGGCCUGCAGGUGGAGGAGGAGGGCCUGACGGACAUCAUACGCAAAAAAACGAAACUGCCCAGCGCGGGUGCAGCUGGCCACACAACAGGACAGCCACUGACCAAAGCCAGCGGCAUUAGCAACAAUGAUGUCAGCCUGAGCGCCAACGAACCAUUAAAGCAGACCGCCCCAGAGACCCCCUCGGACAUUGCGCAUCCGCCCAGCUACAAGAAUGAGGUGUUGACCCAGCCGGAGCGCCAGGCAGUCCAGCGGCAUCGGACUGCAUCUAAUGUGGAGCUGAGUCUCGCUCCCGCAUUGCUGCAGUUCAACAAAUCACAGGCGCUGCUCCGCAACGUGGACACACGGAAAAUACAAUCGAACAAUAAGGACAUUGAGGACGAUUCGGGCAAUAACUUUGUCGCAGAGCGACGUCAACAUAUUGUGCCGACGUCGCUGCCCACGCAGAGAUCGACAAUGGCCAACGUGUACAGCAAUGCCGGGGGCAAUGGCAUGCACCUGGACGACGAUGUGGACUUCUUGCAUGCACAGGGCAUAGUGCGCAGGAGGCACAGGCGCGGCCCCAAGCAUCGGACCAAUAGUCAGUGGGCGGAGUAUGCAAGCAAAGUGCAGCGACUCCGUGAGGAGCUCAAUCUUCCGCAGGGCCAUCAUUCACACCAGCGCCAGCACCACCACCAGCAGCAUCUACACAAGAAGCAGAAGCAUCGCCAGCAUCGUCGAGGUCGAGGUCGMGGCCGAGGCCGCAGCACGGCGUCGCCUCUAAGUGUUUCCCCGACGCAGGCGCAGGCUGAUAAUGGGCAGCGAACUGAGAAUAUAAAUGGCCAUAAUAUUGAACUGGCAGAGACUCAAGUGCCAGAUACAGACAACCUGAAGCGGCCGCAGCAUCGCAAUCGCGUGGCGCGUGCUGUAACCGCCAAAAAGGAGCGCAUUUGGGAUUACGGUGUCAUCCCCUACGAGAUCGACGGCAACUUCAGCGGCCUGCACAAAGCCCUCUUCAAACAGGCCAUGCGCCACUGGGAGAACUCUACGUGCAUCAAGUUUGUGGAGCGCGACGCGGAAAUCCAUCCCAAUUACAUAGUAUUCACCAUACGCAGUUGCGGAUGCUGUUCGUUUGUUGGCAAGCGAGGCAAUGGACCACAGGCAAUUUCAAUUGGCCGUAACUGCGACAAGUUUGGCAUUGUGGUGCAUGAAUUGGGUCACGUGGUGGGCUUCUGGCACGAGCACACGCGCCCGGAUCGCGAGAAGCACGUGGUGAUUGAGCACAACAAUAUAAUGAAGGGGCAGGACUACAAUUUUAACAUGCUGUCUGUGGAUGAGGUUAAUUCGCUGGGCAUGGCCUACGAUUAUGAUUCGAUUAUGCACUACGCACGCAACACCUUCUCCAAGGGCACCUAUCUGGAUACAAUAUUGCCCAUCGAAGUCAAGGGUCGCAAGAGGCCAGAGAUUGGCCAGCGCUUGCGGCUUAGCCAGGGCGACAUUGCCCAGGCCAAUCUGCUGUACAAGUGCCCCAAGUGCGGUCGCACGUUCCAGGAGAGCACGGGCCUCUUUGCCAGCCCCGUCUUCUAUACGGCCGGAGCCGUCAGCAACGAGACCGAACACUGCGAAUGGCGCGUAACGGCAACGCAUGGCGAGCGCGUGGUCCUGCGACUCGAGGACAUGAAUAUAUUCAAGUCGAACAACUGCGAGACGGACUAUCUGGAAAUACGCGAUGGCUACUACUUCAAGUCGCCGCUAAUUGGACGCUUCUGCGGCAAGGUGGCCAGCGAGGUGAUCACCACGCAAUCCAGUCGCAUGCUCCUCACCUAUGUGAAUUCCCAUCGUGCCGACGGCUAUCGCGGCUUCAAAGCAGAGUUCGAUGUUGUAUGCGGAGGCGAACUGUCCGUGGAUGACUCGGAGGGCCGUUUGGAGUCGCCCAACUAUCCGCUCGACUAUUUGCCAAACAAGGAGUGCGUGUGGAAAAUUUCAGUGCCAAAGGGCUUUCAAGUGGCGCUGAAAUUCCAGUCGUUUGAGGUCGAAAACCAUGAUAGCUGUGUCUACGACUAUGUCGAAGUGCGAGACGGACCCGCUCAGGAUGCGCCGCUAAUUGGCGUUUUCUGUGGCUACAAGCCGCCACCGAACAUGAAGUCAAGUGGCAAUUCGAUGUACGUGAAAUUUGUGUCGGACACAUCGGUGCAGAAGGCGGGCUUCUCGGCCGUAUUCAUGAAGGAGGUUGACGAGUGCGAGACGCAAAAUCAUGGCUGCGAGCACGAGUGCAUCAACACGCUUGGCGGCUACGAGUGCAGCUGCCACAUUGGCUACGAACUGCACAGCGAUAAGAAGCAUUGCGAGGAUGCCUGCGGCGGUGUCAUCGAGUAUCCUAACGGGACAAUUACCUCGCCCUCGUACCCCGAAACCUAUCCGAUGCUGAAGGAGUGCGUUUGGGAGAUUAUUGCGCCGGCCAAACAUAAAAUUUCGCUGAACUUUACGCAUUUCGAUCUGGAGGGCACUGCGCAUCAACAAUCCGACUGCGGUUACGAUUCGGUGACCAUCUACUCCAAGCUCUCAGAGAAUCGCCUAAAGCGCAUUGGUACCUACUGCGGCAGUGCGAUUCCGCCUACCGCCACCUCGGACGGCAAUGCGCUGCGCGUUGAAUUCCACUCGGACAAGUCCAUUCAGCGCACGGGCUUCGCAGCCGUAUUCUUCACGGACAUCGACGAGUGUGCCGUGAACAAUGGGGGCUGCCAGCACGAGUGCCGGAAUACCAUUGGCUCAUACCUCUGCUUCUGCCACAAUGGCUACUCGCUACAUGAGAACGGGCACGACUGCAAGGAGGGCGAGUGCAAGAACGAGAUAUCGGGCUCAUUCGGCACCAUCUACAGUCCCAACUACCCGGACAACUAUCCGCCCAAUGCCGACUGUGUGUGGCACUUCUCCACAACGCCCGGACACCGCAUCAAGCUCAUAUUUAAUGAGUUCAAUGUCGAAUCGCAUCAGGAAUGCGCCUAUGAUAAUGUAGCCAUCUAUGAUGGGGAGUCGGAGCUGAGUUCCCUGCUGGGACGAUUCUGCGGCGAGAAAAUACCCUAUCCCAUAUCUUCCACAACCAACCAGCUCUAUAUGGUGCUGAAGACGGAUAAAAACAAGCAGAUGAAUGGAUUUAUGGCAAUGCAUUCGACGUCCUGCGGCGGGUAUCUGCGCGCCACAAAUCAGAUCCAACAAUUCUAUUCUCACGCGCGAUUCAGCAACCAGGAUUACGACGACAACAUGGACUGCGAGUGGACCAUUCAGGCUCCGCCGAACCGGAAUGUGCAGCUGAUCUUCCUCACGUUCGACAUUGAGAGCAGCGAGAACUGCACCUACGACUACGUGCAGGUGUUCUCCGGCAUGGAGGACACCAGCGGUCCCAUGUAUGGCCAGUACUGUGGAAAUUCGCUGCCACAGGACAUCAUCUCGAUGACUGACUCGCUGCUGGUGCGCUUCAAGACGGACAGCUCGGUGCCAAUGAAGGGAUUCUCGGCAUCGUAUGUGGCCGUUGAUCCGUUCAAGAACAGCGAUGAGGAUAUGGAGAGCUCGUACAGCUCCGAGAUGGUCACACCCUUUCCAGGCUCACUCAAAAGCAUAUACAAGGAGGAUACCGAGGAGACGGAUGACUACAGUGACUUCAGUGAGAACCAGCUGGUGAAUGCUCAAUAUCGUGGACGCCAUAUCUUACCCAUUAGCUAUUCAUCGUGGACGAAUUAGGAAGAUUGGAAGAUCAGGAAGACUCGCCGGACACGCUGUAAACGCACGAAAAUCAUGACAAUAUAUUAAAACGGAAUUUAUUUAACUAUUUAGGCAUAUCGUCGCGUACAUAUAGCAACAUUUUGCUCUCUUAACAUAUAAUUAUACAUAGACUUCAUUUUGACCAUAAUCAAAUAUUAAGUAUACAUAGAUAUUCAGAACAAAUCUUUAGGGUAUAGCACGUCAAGCAUAUCGCGAAAAAAGGGGAAGCAGCACUCGUUAGCUUUACGAAAUAAUUCGAUCGGUUCUCAAAUGGACCCAAAACCAAUUAAUGUGUAUCAAUAUCAAAGGAUUUAUGUGUGACAUUCAUAAGCACUAAUCAGUUGCCAUA